UUAGUCGCUCAAAGGCGCGAAACACCAUCGAAAGUGUGCGACGAAAGUGCGGACGUUUUUUCUUUUUUUUUUUUUUUUAAAUAAAAAAACCGCGGGAAAAUCGUAUGUGAAAGAAGUGAGAAAAGAAACGUGCUUUGUACACGAAAAGUGUUCAUUUCCGUUAUGGUUUUGGGUUUAAUGGGCCGUAAACUAAGGAGAAGUAUCGGGUUUUAGAGAUUUCGCGUCGAAAAACAAAAACAAAACAGAGAAAAAAAAACUGGCGAAAAUUGUUCAGAUGACACAGAGAGAAGUUACGCUGGAUGGCGGAGCACCGUGGGGAUUUCGCAUGAACGGCGGCCUGGAUUCCGAAUCACCAUUGAAAGUUACCAGGGUUAAUCCUGGCGGCAAAGCAGCUCAAAGAGGCCUAAGAGAAGGAGACUUAAUUUCAUCAAUUAAUGGAGAAAGCACUCGUACAUUAAGCAACAACGACGCCCAUAAUUUACUAAGAAAAUCCGGAAGUACUUUAAAAUUAGGCCUUAAUGAAGAUGCUGAAGCCUCACCGAAGAAACGACAGUACAGGACCGUUCAGCACCAAGAAGUUCACCAGGAAACUGUGAAAAAAUCCACUGUAUCCUAUACACUGAAAGAAACAAUCGAAAGAUCAUCAUCCAGAGCCCCAAAGAUCAACGAAUUUGAAUCCAUCAAGAUCAGCGAGUCGUAUGAUGGCAAUGAAACUCAACAAAAUGGCAGAGAUGUGACAGUCAUCACGAACAUUCCAGUGACCCCCAGGUCUACACCAUCCACAUCUACAGCUUCUACUCCUAGUACCUUAGUGCCAGAAGGAAAAAACAUAUCAUCAUCAGAUCAGGCUUUAGCUUCCAGGCAAUCGUCUCAUACUAAUUGCAGUUCCAUUCCAGACGAAGGACCCCACCGGGAAAACGAAAAUAACGAGGACCUUCAACAAAACGAAGAAAUGAACAACGAACCGUCAGACAAAAUGUCGAAAAGCAAAAAACGCAGAGAACGCAGAAAAAAAACCCGCAAUCGUAACUUAACAGAAGUUGCACCCGAACCCGAGAAACCACCCGAAGAAGUCAUAAGAGAACCCGCCCACGAUAAACUAGAAUUCCUAAGACUUAAACGGAUCGAGCACAAGUACAAAGUCGAAUCUCCGAAAGAACUCACGACACUCGAAAACACUAAAAAAACUAAGAAGCGAAUAGUCAAAAGCAAAAGUCUCGACGACGAGGACUUCCUUAAGAUCCAAGAGCUCUCGGAAGCAAGUGAAACAGAAGAAUAUCCAGGUCAUAACGUCAUCAUAUCCGAAGCUUCUUCAGAAGAAAACCUCUUGGAGGAUGUGGAAGAUCGUCCUCACGUGAGCCAACAAGAAGAGGAAGCUCUACGCACCUUUUUAUCGGGUCUGAACCUCGUGAACUCCCCAGAAGAAUCCGCUAAAGAUUUAUACGAACGAACUAGUGGCCUUAAAGACCCUAAAGCCAAAAGGCUUCAAAAACGCAAAGAGCUUGAAGAAUACUUUAGACCCAUAGCGGAAAACCCUAGAUACUUAGACGCGAUAUCUGAAGAAGCAAGUGACUUAAGUGAUAAAGAAGCGCCAGCAGUGAAGAAUCACUUGAAGCAAGGAACACCUGAACAGGAUUUACUUAAAGUGAGAGCAGAGGAGAUUUUCAUUGAAAAACCCCUUUUGGUGGAAGCAAAAGAGCUCGAGGAGGACCUUUGUAGUACUGCUAACAUUUCUAGUGAACAAGCUGAAGUUGUUUAUUUGAAUGAUUCAAGUGAAUCAUCACGUUCUAGUGGUGAUUUUACUGAAACCUCUGAGGGUCUUCAUGACAAUGGAAAACCUCUAUGUCCUUCAUCAACGGUUAUAGAAGAAAACUCGUUUUUUUCUCAGCUGACACCUCCUCCCACCCCAGAUGGUAUCCUUAAUGGCACUAACAAGAAAUCUCCAUCAUUUGAUUAUACCAGGAUACCCAAUAUACUUACAGGAAAAGAACCGGAGGGUAAAAAUCUUCACAAUGGAAAUCUUGACGAACCUUUGGAAGAGGUGUCACAGGUUGAUGCUGCUCCUAAAGUCAAAGAAAUAUUAAUGAAACCAAUAUCAAACGAAUAUCACCACCUACAAUCUACUAAAAACGGCAUUGAAGAUACUAAAGGGCACAUCCUUAAGAGUGGCUACGGUUCCAACAAGACUGACAGUCAAAAGUUGCUUGAGUUUGAUAACAUCAUUAAACUGAAUAAGACAGUACCAGUUGAAAACCUCCAGAUACUCACAUGCAGUGAAACCAUCACAAACCUUGAAAAUUUAAAAAUAAAUUUGACAAAAAGUGAUAUCAGCUGUGAUAAGGUUGAUAAUGAAUGCAUUAUAGGAGAUGUAAUAAGAGAUAAGGAGUUAACGAAAAUAAAUGGAACUCUUGAAGAAGUACUUGGAAAUGAUGAAAACGGAGGUAAAACUGUUGUAGAACAAGCAAAAGAAAUUUCAGCAAAUCAUAAAAUAAGUGAAGAAGACGCAGCAGCUGAAACAAUUGUAUCAGUGAAGCUUGAACGCAAUCAGGAAACUGGAAAUUCUUAUAAAUCCCUUGAGGGAUAUGAUAAGAUUUUAAGGACAUGUGUAGAUGUAGAAAAUUCUCAUGAAGAUUCAUCAAAGAGCAAAGCUAAUAAAGUUAAAUCUAAUGGACUUGUAAAUGGAUGUGUUGGUAAAGCUGAAGAAGAAUCAGUAAGAAUUAUACCACUUGAAGAAUCUUUGGAAAAUGUUUGCAAAGGAGAAAGUGAAGAAUUACAGUCAGUGAGUCAAAACAGCAAAAUUAUUAAUGAAACAAGAACUUCUUCUAUAAAAAAGGAAGCAAAAAACUGCCAGCAAGAUGCUGAGAGAGUUAUAGCUGAAGAAGUCGUUUCUGCAAAGAUUGAAAAUGGCUUUAAAAGAACCAAACGUACUGCUGCUAUAACAUCUAAAGAAAAAUCAUCAGCAUCAAAAAAAUGUAUUCCAAUAUUGAUUGGAGAUUCUUCAUUGAAAAAGGACUCUGGUACUCCAAAAGCUCCUAAGGAUAUGAAAAUAGAAAAAACAGGAUCACUUGGAGUGGAAAAAGAAGAAAAUAGCUGUAACAAGACUAAUAAUAAGAGAAUUAAAUCUAUUGAUACGAUUAAAGUAGAAAAUGGUGACACCAGUGGUACCAAAUCAGUUUCUAAGCAAAAAAAGUCACUAAUUAUUCCUAUUUUCCUUGAAAGCUCACAAAAAUGCACCAAAUAUGAAAAAGUAUUACCUCCAAUAGAAAGAAUCAUACCAGUGACUAUUGAAAAUUCACAAGGAAGUAAAAACUCAUGUAAACCUCCAAAUUCCUUAAGAAUACUUGAAGAAACUUUACAAAUUAAUGGAAAAACUAAAGAGAAUAUCUUAGAACGAGAUAGCAAAGCUAAAAGUGAAAGAAUCGUGUCUUUUAAAGUUGAAAAGAAUGACACCAAAGAUCCUAAAUGUGGUGCUGCUGCCAUAUCAGUAAAAGAAAGACUUAUUCCAGUAACUAUUAAACAGUGUCAAAAUUUUGAUAAAUCAAGAGAGAUAGAAAAGAAUUUUAAGAUAUUAGACAACAUGAAUGAGAAGAUCCAAGAAAAACCUCUAAAAGUUGAAAAGAAAAUGAUGAGUAGUGAAAGAAUCAUUCCUGUUGAAAGAAAUACAGAUGAAAAAAUUAAGAAAAAAUCAGUAGAAGCAGUCAGGGUUAUUCCAGUUACCAUGGAAGAUUUUCGGGAGCAUGGCAAACUUAAUGAGGAACCUCUAAAGAGUUCCAAAGUCCUAAAAGGUUCUGUGGGUGAAAAGCAAGAAGAACCUUCACUGAUUGGAGAAAAGAGGAGGGAGACAUCCGAAAGUAAAAAAAUGGAUACUAAAAAAAUUGUUCUUAUUGACACUGGAACUAACACAGAUGGAAAUAAUGGGAGGUUCCAUUCGUUUGCUCGAAAAACUGAUAGAAGUUCACCAGAAAUAGGCAAGAUUAUUCCAGUAACUAUUGAAGAUUUUCACGAAGAUAAGAGGCCUUUCACUGAAUCUUCAAAGAGUUGUAAGGCCCCAGAGCUUCCAGUGACAGUAAAAAAGCAAGAAGAACCUUCACUAAUGACAGAAAAGAGGAAAGAUAUAUCCUCAACUAACGAGAUUAAUACUGAAAGAGUAGUACCUAUUAAUAUUGAAACCAACAGUAAUAGAAAUAAUGAGAAUUUAGUUAUUGCUUCUGCUGAAAAAGUUGAUAGAGGAGCACAAGGUAUAAGUAGAAUUAUUCCAGUAAUCAUUGAAGGCUCUCAGAAUGGUACAAGACUUCCUGAAAAGCCUUCAAAGAGUUCUAAGGCUCCAGAGGAUUUUGUGAGAGUAAAAAAUCAAUCGUCACUAAUAGGAGAAAAUAGAAAGGAGAUACUCUCAAGUAAGAAGAUUGUUACUGAUAAAAAUAAAUUAAUUACUAUUGAGAAACCAUCAGCUGGAAGAGUGACAAUUGUUCCAAUUUCCAUUGAAAGCUCUCAGAACCAUCUUGGACAUCCUGAGGAGCCCUUAGGAGAUCCUAAGGACCCAAAGGGGCAACAAGAACCAAUAGAACGGAAAAGGAAGGAGACACUUUCAGAUAAUAAACGAAUAAUUCCCAUUAAAGUUGAGGCUCCUAAUGCCACUAAAAACUUUAAGCACAUUGAAGUUCAAGACAGUGAGACUACAAUGGAGAUCACGGAAAAGUUUAUUGAAGAAUCUAGGAAAUGUAGGCUUAUGACUGAACAAUUGAGAGAAAUUUUAAAAAGAGUUGACAAUACUAAAAAUAAAACUGACCCCUCUAUCCAGGAUAAAGUAAAUCACUCUGAAUAUUCUUCAAGGUUAAAUGAGCCAGCAAGUAUAGUGAAGAAUAUCUCUCGGGUUUCCAAAAGUGAACAAGUAUCUAGAGUUCCUCCAAGCCUUCAAAAGCCUGAAAUAAACCCAAUUGAAACCAAUCAGAACUCUCUGGAUAACAUUAAAAGAAUCUUAGCACAAAACAAGGAACUAGAAGAAUCAGAAAAUAAACCCGCAGUACCACCUAGACCACAACCACCUGUACCACCACCACGCAGAUUUAGACCCUUAAAAGGACUUUCUCCAACUAGGGAAAUCCCUGAAAGUGUCGACAUGAGAUACAGCAACGUCGUAAGCCCUCCUAGGCCUGCCUCAGCAAGCACAGACAGCUCAGAGAGCUCCAGGUGUACAGCCAAAUACAAUCCAGAUAUUACCUCAAUAGAAGUGAUGUCUCUUAGAGACUUGGCCUUUGCUACCUUGACAUCUCUUCCAUGGGGAACAAGAGUCCUGGAAGAGUUAUCCAAACGCUUUACUAACCUGCUUCCUUUUAAUGGCCUUAAUAAUUGUGGUGAUGUUUUAGCUGCUGAAGAAGAAGAGGUGACCAUGGCAAGACCAGAGAGACGAUUUCAAGAAGACACCGUGAGCAGUCCACACCGGUUGUUAACGAUAAUAAAAGAGGAAGAGCCCGAAGGCGGCCUGACCGAAUUCGAAGAAAUCAAACUGGAUCAAAGAUUAAAAGCGCGAAAUUUAAGCGAGUGGCUGGUUUUAGCGAGAGAUAAGAGCAAAAGUACGUCCAGUCUGGAUCGCACUAAUAUACCUAUAAAUAACUUAUGCAGAAACAUUUCUGGUGCAGUAAGUGAAAACGAAAAUGUACGGGCAUCAAACGCACGUCGCCGCCUCUCUUUACCGCAAGAAAUCUAUGAGAAGCAACUAAUCGAAAUAAUGGAAAAAGAACGGGAAAUCCAGAGGGAGUUGGAACUGUUAGAAGAGGAGAAGAGAAAGCUACGUGCUGAACUGGCCCCUAGCAAACAAAAGUUGGAUGAUUUCUACGUGUCUAAGAGAGGUGACUUCGCUGAGAUGAGAGAAAAAGAUGGCAUUAGGGAGCGUCCAAUGUCAAUGCCAGUGUUUCCAACCGAAUUCUUCAGACAGCAAAUGUACGAGGAGUAUAUGGAUAAGUUUUGUGAGCGGGAGGAGCGGAAACAGCAUAAGGUCUUUAAGAUAUCUUCGAGUAGUGACUUGUUAGAGCAAGAGAAAAGGACCAAGGAGAUCUUCCAUCCCAUAGAAAUCGAACAAGAGUUCAUGGAUCGAGUAAAACAGAAGCUGAAAAGUGAUGACGUGGGGGAGUGUACGGAUGUGGAAGUGAGAGAGGCGAGUUUCGGCGAGAAAGUGGAGGAGGAGCCGGUGAUCGUUUUGGAUGGCGGAAGGGUGAAGGGUGUCGAAACGUUGCCGAGACAUUUGCAGGAGUUUGUUGGUGAUUUGGCAACGCAGCGGCAGCUGGACGAGAGUAUUUGGUCACCAACAAACCAACAAACCCGCCGUCCUCAAUCACCAACCAAACAGUAUCAAAGUUCCCAAAAUCAGUCGGCAGAUCCGGUUUCGCCCGUAUGGACGCCGAAAAGUGCCAAUUCCAGUCCGACGGUCGAAAGGAAGGAGUUUCGGCCCGUCACGUUCCAGUCACCGGUGCCAAGUCGGAAAGUCAGAACACGGUCAGAGACAGUGGCAACUCCAGAAUCUACAGUCUCUGAACCCCCCUGGAAACUCCUGACAGAAGGUCGCAGCGCCACCGAUUUGUCAUCUAUGGUGGACAAACGGUUGCCUACCAGCCAAUCUACGCCCGGAAGUCUCUUUGCCGGAAGUCCGAGUUUACCACGUGCGCAGAAUCCCACUGUGACACUUUUGCAAAAAGCCCGCGAGGGUCAAUUGCCGAAAGGAGCGCAGUAUUUAGAGCAGGAUAGGAAGUUGCCGAACGACAGGCCGCCCAUCAAAUACCCCGGUGAAGUUCUGUAUAAUAUCAAAAACGAAUACACGAGCGAAUCAGAGAGCGAAAAACCGAAGAAAAUGGCCGAUCUGACCCCCAGGAAGUUCGAAGGUGUGGGGCCAGUGACCAAAGAUGGAAUGCCGUUAAUUUUAAGAUCUGAAGUUAAAGAGAAAGAUCAGUCCAAGUGGUACAAGAGAAUGUACGAUACUAUCCAUAAGCAAAAACCGCAUAGAGAUGAAUACAUCACCAUCAAGUACAAACAAAAAAGGGCCCAAUAUCCAUAUACUUCCGGUUAUCUAUCGGAACCGGAACCUGGAGCGUACGACAGUGAUUUCACCGAAUACAAGUAUCAAACGUUGGACCGAAGACGAAAACCUCAAAUGCAAUCUUACGUGAAUACCACAUCGACCAUGCCCAGGACUAUACCUGAAAGUAGAUCAUACUCAUCCUGCGACAUCGUGAGAAACACCAGCGACAAAUACAUAAACACACCUGGAAGAAUCGAGAACUACCGUCCUGGCCAUUCUUCUAUAUCUGAGAAGGAAGCAAAGCAGUGGUGGGACGAAGUAAUGGAUAUUUUCGACGGGUGGUUAGACGAAAACUCUGCGCAGCCCCCCAUGGUCACCGGCGUCUUAUCCCAUUUGGAGCAACAGAGCAGAGCCCCGCCCCCCCAUAAGCCCAGGAGCUUCAUUAAUCAGGCUCUUAAGGACGGUUACGAAAGCGAUUCGACGUUGGUGUUUAAACGGAAAGAGGAGAACGCCGUCAGUCAAAUUAGCCCGAAGGAGCAACGGGAGGCUUAUAAGGUGAUCCAGAAAGGUGGGGAUGUACCGUUCCAGGGACUGAGAAAACCCGCUCCGGAGCGACCUAAAGAAACGGACCUGGUGGAAUUCUUCCCCAUAUCUCCGACCCUGACGAAAAUCCGCAUACACAAAAGCAUCAUACCUCCAAAAGAGUUCGUCAUACCCGAACGUCAAUACUUCUGUUAUCCAGUAAAUUCCCAAAAAACAUUUGCCAACUUUAAAAGACCCACUACAACAGUACAACUAACAGCCACACCUCCCCCCUCUCCACCAAAGAGGAAAUCCUCAAGGAACAACAGCACUUUGAGGCUAAUCAGCACCAUGAAGGUGAAAAGCGAAAGAAGCCCCUUAUGUAAGAGACACGAGACUUGUUUCACUUCAGGGGCUAGUAGUAACGUAAAAAGAGGCGAGGGGGCUAAAGUGAGCGUGGUCAAAAAGAUUGCAGCCUCUCCAGAUUUUAAAUCAAAAAUAAUUUCCACUUUAACUACUGUUAAAGACCCGAAAAGUUCACUUAAGAAGGUGCACAGCACCACCAAAAUCACCUCUGAUAAGUUGUACAAGAGUGGUAGCAAGAAAAGCUCCACUGAAAGCUUAGUAAGCAGAACUCCCACACCAGUGAAAACUUUCGGAACGGAAAAGAAAAAGUUCGAUUUGAAAACGAAGCCUAAAAGUGGGGAGCUACUUUCCCCCACUGAAGUUAAAAAGGGCAUUAAGAGCAUCUCGGAUCUACAGUACAAAGAAUCUUUGGCACCACUCUCAUCGUCUAGUGAGGGUAAAAGUUUACCUAUAAAAGUAGGAAUGACUGAAAAAGGGCGGCAAAUAUUAAAAUCAUCUAUUAAGAAAGCCUCUAAUUUAUCUCCUAAGAGUAAACAAAGUUCCACUAAACCAACAGUUGAAGAAAAGAAACAUAAGCCCAAAAAACCACUUACUAAAUCAGAAAUCUGCCAGCAAAAGGAGGCCAUAGACUCCAGCCACUUCUUCAGGAACUUGUUCCUAAGAAACCUUCCACAUUCAGCCUCACUUUCCUUACCAAAAACUUCCUGGAUAGUGGAAAAGACUAACCAACUCACCAGGCGAAGAACCACCUCAACCACUAGCAUUGGGGCAAUGAAAAUCUACCUAAAACAUACCAGACCAGUAAAAGACUCCAAGUUCAUCAGCCUGGACGCAGUUAGAUCCAGGAGUGUUAGCCCCAAAUCCGUUACUUUCAGUGACAAUUUACCUUUGGAACGCUCUACCGCCAAAAGAAGCAAAAGCUUACCAAGCAAAUUGGUUUACUCACGAACCCAGAGGAGCCCUAGCCCCCAAAACAAACUUAUCACGUCAAAACACUCAAUUCUAAAACCAAAAACCUUGGAGGUGGUGCCGAGGCUAUUUUUCUCAGAAACCAGCCGUCCAAUAUCCCCGGAAAUAAAAAGAAAACCCUCCUCACCCUUAUUGCCGCGCUCGCCCUCUUGCAGAAAAAUCAUGCAACUACGUCAUCAGCAUCUAGAGGAGCUUUCCAGGCCCCUCCAGGCUCAUCCCGAGUUAAAACAGAGCAGCACCUCCCUGGAUUCCUUUCGCAGCGACGACUAUCAAGUUUACUUGAAAGAUAUCGACUUUGGUGGGGAGCCCAAUAAGAGAUUUAAAGACUUAAAUCACUUUUACAGCGAUAUCGAAAAAGUGGGAAAACUGGAGAGGGCGUUCGAUUCCAAACCGAGAAAAAAGUGCGAGGAGGCCAUUAUCGAUUAUGACCGUUGGAUGGAGGUGAGAAGUCGAGAGAAGGCGGAACAUGAGCUGAAGUACUUGUACUGUCACCUUAAAGAGCACGAGAGGGAAAAGGGGUUUUUGUUUCUACCCAAGGAUGUUGACAAGUACAAGUGGAGGCGUGAGCUGGACCGUGGCUUAAGGAUCAAAGAAAAAUCCGUGGAAAACAUUAAGGAGGAGUUUGAAAGAUUGAAAGAGAGCCCACUGGAGGUCGCCAGAAGACGCGAAAUCGCUUAUAGAAAAGACACGUAUAAGCCCCUAUGGCGCGGCAACUCAGUCAUCAAUUUGGCAAGCAUUUUAACGGAAAAACGCAGUCAAUCAGAGGGCCGAGUAAAAACAGCCAAACAAAAACUCUUGGACAGCGAAAAGUUAAUAACUCACACCAUCGGCUCCAGAAUCUGGAGCAGCUUAUCCAUGGAACAAGUGAACAACCUGAAGAAACAAUUGCAAGACAUUUAUGGCGAUCAUGUGGUGGAAGUACCUUCGAAGAAACCCUUUGUGCCCCAACUAACUGUUAGAAGAAACUCCGAUAGCUUCAAGCAUGAUUUAAUGAGCGAGAGUGAGAAGAAGAUGAUUUCUCAAACUAUUAGCAAGGAGGUGCUGGAAAGGGUGUCCAAGAAAAGUCAACUGGGGCUCCCGCUCGUUAUCGGCAAAGAAGUUCUAGGAGCCAAGGCCACCGAAGGGGCUCUAUUGCCCCCCAAACCCCUUGUAAAAACCAACGCCCUUAAGCUAACCUCAGCGAGCGAAACUGAGUCAGGCAGCACAGACGAGUCUACUAAAACAGUCAUCAAUUUAAAAGACGUGCAGCAAAAGGUAGAAUAUUUCGAAAAAGCCAAAGAACUGGAGUAUGUGCCCACCAUAUACAAACCAGCUGAAGACUCCAGCAGCGAGGAGCCUCCCAGAGACAAGAAAUCACCAAUACCUCAGUCGAAAUCUGCCCAGAACCUUAAAGAAUUUUUCGGCGAGAGUGAUCUAGCCAGAUAUGCCACCCUACCCCUAUCAGCCACAAGGAAAACCCCUUACACAUACACGAAAAAGCCCACUUUACGCGCCCUGGAUAUCAGCCCCAUACGGACGAUUUCGGAGGCUAACUCCCUGGAUAGUCUGAUGAGAAGUCGUUCCGCCUCACCGUACCGUGAGGAGGCCCUGGCCCUGUCCAAAACCGGCGAGGUGCACAAACUGAGGAGGCAAUUCGAGGUUUUCGAGGAUUUCUUCGGCGAGAAGAAGUUCAAGAGAUCGCGCAGCGAAAACGAUUUGAGGAGCUACGGCCACGUGGAGGAUUUGAGGAGGAAGUACGAGUAUCCGGUGUACUCGGGACGGGGGCGGUCGAGGGUUAGAAGGGGCGGCAUGGUGUCGCCCGUGUGGCUUCGCCCCGAGGAUCGGUAUAUGCCUCAUAUUAAUAUUAUUAGUAAAAUUGCCAGUUUGUAUUCGUUUUCCAAGCAUAAAUCGGACAGGGAGGCCAGCAAGAGUAUGGAGGAGUUGGCGGAGAUUCUUGGGUGUCCCGUGGGAGAGGUGGAAAAAAUGAAGGAAAAGUUCGACAAAUUACGCGAUCAAGACGAUCAGAUCUCGCUGAUGGGUCGCAUGUACACCUCCUCGCCUAACCUCAAAGAACUGCGAGAUAUCACUCCGUACCUCACGGCGAACUGGAUUGCGCAUCGAUACCCACGUUCCGAAGACAAUACGCGUUCUCUAUCAUCUCCGGACACCUCUAUAGCCUCAAGAGACACCGCUUUGGUGAGGAGGGAUCGCGUGAGGAGCUCCUCGCCCCUCAAACAAAUGGGAGAGAGAUCGACAAGGUAUACUAAAGAGCCGGACUUACCGCCGCCCCCACCACCGCCAAAAAGUCAGGGAGAAGUAAGGAGCCAAGAUCAAGAAUCUCCAAGGAAAUACGUAGAAAACGAGGUGACGAUACACUACAAAACCCCAGUUCGUACCGAGAUCAAGGAGUAUGUCUCGGAAGACGAGCUGGCCCACCGGCAAGCAGAGGCCAUGAAAAAAAUCUACGAAGAAGAAAGAAAACGAAAGUACCUCCAGGUUAGCAAAAGUCUUCAAGAACUUCAAGACAUGAAGUCCCGGAGGCACACCGACAACUUUAUUCCGUCCCAGAAAUCACCCAUUCCACUCAAUAGAUACGACGAUUUCGACGAUCUGGCUACCACGCCCAAGUUACGUACCAGGUCGCCAGAACCACGACUAGUGGCCAAAGCCUUGUACAACUUCGUCGGUCAGACUGCACGAGAAUUGACUUUUAGGAAGGGUGAUCUCAUAUACGUGAGGAGGCAAGUGGACAAAAAUUGGUAUGAGGGUGAACUGAACGCCAUGGUGGGGCUGUUUCCUGUAAACUACGUCGAGAUCGUUCCAUAUGAACACACGAAAAGCACAUCAACGAGGAAGGCGCACGAGGGACAAGCGCGUGCUAAAUACAAUUUCGUAGCUCAGACUCACUUAGAACUUUCACUGGCUAAGGGAGAACUGGUCACGAUCACGCGGAAAGUUGACGAGAACUGGUUUGAGGGCAAAAUUGGUGGACGAAAGGGCAUUUUUCCGGUGUCUUAUGUAGAUGUCUUAAUUGACCCCAGUGAAGCGCCGCCUUCUAGCAGCAAACCAGUAGCUUCGCCAGCCUCCCAUUCCCUGUUACUCAAUGGGUCUGCCCAAGGAAAAGAAUCCAUGGGAAGUCAUCUUUAUACCCCCAACAUCCCUAAUCCAGUGGUGGCGGUAAGGGAUAACGGGUAUCACCACGCAAAACCGGUUCAGCUCACUGGCGCUGGGACUUAUUCUACGUUACCAAGACCUUCGGCGGCCCAUAGAAGUCCCAUGGACCAAACCUUGCAUAUAGAGACACAGUCUGAACCAAUACCUUAUCGCGCCCUCUACAAGUACACGCCGCAAAACGACGACGAACUAGAACUCCUAGAGGGCGACACCGUUUACGUUCUGGAAAAAUGCGAUGACGGUUGGUACGUGGGUUCCAGCGAUCGCACCGGAGCCUUCGGCACCUUUCCCGGGAACUACGUCGAGAAAAUUUAGCACAAAAUUUAUUAUUUAGGUAGAUAUUAAGGGAACGACUUACCUGGAAACGGCGGUAAUUUGAAAAUGAAAUGUGUUGAUCUAACCCCACUUUUUGGCACGUAAAAGAGGUGAUUUUCUAGGGCCGACGUAACCGAGCUAACGAUGGAUCAUUGCCAUUUUGGGUGGUCGUGUAUAGGCGUAACUGGAUUUUAUGUCAUUCGAGAUAUGGAUGACAGAGGAGAAAGUUUUUUCAAAUAGUAGUUUUGGUUCUUCCAGGAAGUUCACUUUAAUCUUUGAUGAGCUUGCUGCAAAGAAUCAUCACACAUCAGCCCUUCCAGGCAUUUGAAACAGAAUUUUUUUUUAAUUCUUUCAGAAAAUUGAAGUAUUUGACCAGUUUCCUGGAAAGUUUGCCUGAAAUAGUAAGUGAAGGGAGCAGUCGAGAUAUAGUGAUAAUAAGUGAACAGGAAACAUCAAUAUCCUGAAAUUACUCAAACAAUAUAGAUGAGAUUGCCAGAAUAGGGACAAUACGAGACAUUACUAAGUUUUAAAGAUUAAAAAGGAUUAAGAAGUUAGGAAGGAAAAGGAAGUUAAAAUGAGAAAACUGAACGUUUAAUCUUUCAUAUCAAGAACCAACAUUAAUUCAGAAGAACUACAUUAAUAAUUAGAACUCUAGGAGAUCGAUUGGUAAUAACUUAAUUUAUGAUAAACAUAAUUUCAGUUGUAGCAAAAAUUUAACUUUAAGUCAAAAUUGUUAACAAAAAAGUGCUUAUGUUGUAACAUCCUGAAGAGGUUUGAUGUCUGGAUUUUCAGAAAAUCGACCAAAAGAAGUCUGGGGACUGUGAGAAAAACCAAUAGACUUAAAAUUUUAAUUGGUACCAAAUAUAAAUAACGCCAUGUUACCAGCAGUGCUAGAUAUGGAAAAGAGAGAUAAAUAAUAAUAAUGAGAAAUAUGAAUGAUACUGCAAAUUUAGAAGCCCAGAGGAAUUCCAGGUCAGGCAAAUAAUGGAGGAAGUGCCUGGACGAAAUGAAAAUUUUAAAUUUUGAUGUUUUACUCCAAAUGUUUGCUUGUCUGUUUUUUUUUUUCAAUAUUUGCCAUUUAGUCCUAUCCACAAAAGGAUCAUUCCAGGGAUUUUAAGUAGACAUUUCUUAAUUCCUUCCGAUAUAUUUAGGAAGUUUCCAGGAAUUGGACUACUCCAAAUGCCUGGAAGAAAUUAAGGGAUAACUUAAGCCUUUUCAGAAACAGUUCAUUUUAGACACUUCCAAGAGUUAUUUAUUUAUUAUCUUUAUAAAAAGUCGAAAUGAAAUGUUUGUGGUUUCUGUGACGUAUUCUGGAAUAAUACCAUAUAUUCUAUAUGCCUGGAACAUAUCAGACGUUUGAAGGAAAUUGAAAUUCUUGAACAGAUUCCUGGAAUAUUUGGCUCAAAAUCUCUAAACGAAAUGAAAAGGUUUUUAAUUUAUAAAAUGUAAAAAAAAAAGAAAUUUCAUACUAUUUAAAUUAUUAGGCUUCAAAUGCCUGGAAGAAUAAAGGACUUUAAACAAAAAUCCUUUUUCAGAUCCUUCCGAAAAAAGCUUUAGUAGAAAUGUAUUGCUUUCCAGAAAAUUGAGAGUUCAGAAGAAUUUCUUUCAGGUAAAUGAAUUAGUGAUUAUUUAAUUAUUCUAAUUUGUUAAAAUAUUUGACCAGUUUCCUUUUUUUUUCCAAAAAGUAAUUUUAUUUUUAGAUUGAAGAAGAAACGCCACAUUGUUUCAGUGUUUUGUUCUUUAAAUCCAUGAAAGUAAUAAGAUAUUUUAUAUUUUUAAAAUAUUUGCCCGUCAGUCCUUUCCUUUCCAGAAGGAAUUCCAAUAAGAUGGAAUGUUUGACCAGUGGAAUAUUUACCUUCAAAUGCCUGUGAAAAAGAAGGAAUUUUAAAUUUUUUAAAUAUUUGUCUCCAAAAUGCCUGGAAGACAUAAGAAUAUUGAUGAUUUUUAAAUUGUUACCCCAAAUCCCUGGAAGAAGGAAGUGUUUUGCUUCAAACGCCUGAAACAAAUUUAAUUAUUAAGAAAUUUAAUAUUUUUAAAAUAUUCGCCCUUCAUCCCUUUUUUUCCAGAAAAAGUUCAUUUUGAGAAUUUGAAAUUAUAGGCAUUUCUUUAAUUUUUCGAAUAUUUUUCUUGAAGUACCUAGAAAAUUCGAAAAAUGCGAUAUUUUCAAAGGAGACUCGGUUAUUCUAAAACAUCUCAGAAGAACCAUUUCCAGUAUAGUAAUUUUUUUAAAUCUUCGAGGAAGUUGAAAUAUUUGAAGAGUUUCCUGGAAUAUUUGGCUCCAGAUAACUGGAAGAAAUGAGAAAUUUAUAUUUCUUACCUUUGCAUCAUAUGCCACUUUAGAGCUAUUUUGAGGAAAGUUCAACCUUUUCCAGAUCAUUCUAGACUAGACUUAAAAAGUCAGGUAUUGUUAUUUCAGAAGAUUAAAAUAAAUGACCAGUCUCCUGGGAAAAAAAUUUAAAAUCCUGGAAAAUAUGUGAAUGUUGGAAUAAACGAAAGUUCGGUAAUGUUAAUAGAAAUAUUUGGAAAACUCAAUAAAUUCACAUUCAACUUCAAUCACAUUGAAUCACAAUAAAUUCACAUUCAAUCACUCUCGAAACGCCUGAAAGUAAUGAGAAAGUUGAUGGUCUCAAAUUUUAAGGUCAAUUGCCUGGAAGAAAGAAGGAAUAUUAAAUUUUUUCAAAUAUUUAUUCCAAAUAUCUGAAAAAGAAAAUCUAUUCAAAGGACCCUAUAGACCCGUCUGGUUGCGCCUAUAUUCUACAUAAAAAACACCCAAUCAUAACCGCGUAUUAUGUAAAAAAACUCUCAUUGUUAAAUCGUACCUAGUUACAAUGAUUUCCAUUAUCAACCCUUAUACCUGUUUUUUUUUCGUUUGUAUAAUUUGUAGAGCUAUUACUGUAAAAAGUAGCUGAUAAAAGAAUCUAGUCACCCCAAAUAUGUAGAGUUUAUCAUGUUAUAUUGACACCAAAUUUGUUAUUUGUAUUAUUAAGGAGUUCAUAUUAUAUUUAAAAUAUUAUAUGUAUAUGUAUAAUAACCCCCCUCCUCCUCUCUUAUAUUUAUACCAAAAAAAUAUAUAUAUAUAAAUGGCACUGCCCUCUUUAAAUUUACAAUGUGAUAAAAAUUGGAAAGUGUUGGUAUGUCUGGAAAUGUGGUAAGUUUUUAACUUUAUUUAUCUUUUUUUGGGCCACUGUGUAUGUAAAUAAAGGGAAAAGUUAUGUAUAAAACUAACACAUUUUUAAUAGGACUUCCUAUGACAUUUUAGAGAUGAAAAAACUGAAUAUAUUAAUUUAUUUUUACGAAACACUAAUUUUUUUCCAAUUUGAAAUUUUUUAUAGUAUUAUGGUCCAAAUUUUGAAAAUUAUUAAGUAUUUUGAAUUUUUUUAGGUAGAUAUGAAUGUUCCAAUUUCGUGUUUGUUUUUCAGUAGUCUGGUUCAAAUCCCUGGAUGAAAUGACAGAUUUGAUGAAUUUUUUCUGCAAAGGUUUUGAAUUAAUAAAUACUUUCAUGAUUUUAAAAUUUUAUCAGGCAUUGGUAGAUGGCAAAUUUUGAAUUUUAGAGGGUUUUUUAAGUUUGAAUGAAAUAUUUUUUCUUUCACCCAAUAUACCAGGAUAAAGUGGGAAAUUUAAUGAUUGGAAAGCCUGGAAACUUUGAAUUUUCGCAUGUUUAUAGUAUAUAAAUCCAAUUACGUAAAAGAAUUUUUUUAAACUUUAAAUCCCUGAAAUUUUUUUUCUCAAACUUUUACAUAAAUUUAUGGAAAAAAAAUUUAAAAAUUUAAUUUGUUUUAUCCAAAUCUUUGUCCCAAAUGUAAUUAAAUAUUUUCCAACUUUUACUCAAAAUUCCUUUAAAAAAAAAUUAAAAUUCAUUUUUACCCAAUGUAAGUGCCUGGAAGAAAUAAGAAAUUUGAUUUUAAAAUUAUUGAUUUUAGAAAUAAUGAGGCAUUUUAUGAAUUGAAACUUUUCCAGGCACUGCAAAAUUUUUAAUUUGCUAAUUUUUUUUAGUAAUUUCUAACGACAAUUGCUUGAAAAAAAUAAAAAAUUUCAUUUUAUUCAAACCUCAAUUUUCAAUGUAGGUUUCUUGGGACACUGUGUAAAAGAUAAAUGGAUGGUAUAUUUAUUUAUAAAUGAAUUUUUAUGGAUACAGGGUCUUUAGUUUAGAAGUUAUAGACUGUUCGGUCAUUCGAACCUCUGGAGAUUUAAAGCAAAAUAUUUUAAAAAAGGGAAAUUUUUUUAUUUCUUCCAGGAAUUUAGGGUACAAAUUUUGCUUAUUUUUCAGACGUUUUGUGCAACAGUUAAAAAAUGAUUAAAUUUUUUUUGAGAAUUUGGAUAGUUGAAUGCUAAAAACAUAAGAAGAUUCAAAAUUUCCCAUAUGAAGACUGACUGGAACAAAUCAGUUAAUUUUUCUUUUCUUUCGGGCAUAGAAGUUAUAAAAUUUAAAAAAGAAUAAUUUUUUUUAACAAAUUUUUCCAGAUAUUCAUAUAAAAAUACUGAAAAGAUAUUUUAAAAUCUUAAAUGUCUGAAAGCAAUGAGUUUUUUCCAGAUAUUUAAAGCCUGGAAAAUAUAUGUAAUUUUUAAUUUUUUUAGCAUGUUGGUUGAAAUGUCUAAAAGAAUACAAAUUUUUUCAAAGCUUUAAAUCGCUGAAAAAAUUUAUUUUUUUUUCUUGAACUUUUACCACAAAUUUAUUAAAAAAAAUUUUAAAUAUAAUUUUUUUUAUUCAAAUCUUUUUCCCAAAUGCCUGGACGAAAUAGGAAUUUAAUUUUUUAAACUUUAAAUUUAAAAUUUAAUUUUUUUUGCUCAAAUCUUUGUCCCAAAUACCUGGACGAAAUAGGAAUUUAAACAUUAAAUUCCUGAAAAAUUAUAUUUUUUUUAUAAAAUAAUCAUUUUUAAAUGACUUGCAAUAAACUAUUUUAUUUUUUUUUCCAAGUAUUCAAAUUUGUAAAUCAUUUGAAAAAUUAAGAAAUAAACAUUUCAUUGAGGUCCAAAUUAAACAAACCAAUUCUUUUUUUUUAGGUAAAAUCAAAAUGCUAACAAAAAAUAAGGAAUUUCCCUUUUUUUCAGACUACAUAUGCCUUGAAAACAUUCAAUAAUCAAAUUUGAAACCUGGAUAAAAAAAACUGAAUAAUUCAUUCUUUCAGGUUCAAAAUGCCUGAAAAAUAUGAUUUGUUUUUUUUUUAUUUUCGAAUAAUAAUUUUUAACCUAAAUCUGUGGAAAAAAAAAUUUAAUAAUUUUGAUGAAUAUUUCUAGUCCUUAGUUGUCCAGUACCCUGGAAAAUUGUAAAUAUCUGAAAGAAAUAAUAAACUUUUCAUUUUCGAAUUUUGAUGAAUUUUCCAACUUUAACCCAAAAUUCCUUUAAAAAAAAAUUAAAAUUCAUAAUUUUUACCCAAUGUAAGUGCUUGGAACAAAAAAGAGAUUUAUUAUUUUUUUUGCUACAAAUGCCUGGAAUAAAUGAGGCAUUUUAUGAUUUGAAACUUUUCCAGGCAGUGCAAAAUUUUUAAUUUGCUAAUUUUUUUAGUAAUUUUUAAGGACAAUUGCUUGAAAAAAAUAAUCAAAUCAAAUCAAUUUCAAUUUUCAAUUUAGGUUUUUUGGGCCACUGUGUAAAUAAAUGGAUGGUAUAUUUAUUUAUAAAUGAAUUUUUAUGGAUACAGGGUCUUUAGUUUAGAAGUUACAGACUUUUGGAUCAUUCGAACUUCCUCUGGAAAUUUAAAGCAAAUUAUUUUAAAAAAGUGAAAUUUUUUUAUUUCUUCCAGGAAUGUGGGGUAAAAAUUUUGCCAAUUUUUCAGAUGUUUUGUGUAGAAUUUGGAUAGUUGAAUGCUAAAAACAUAAGAAGAUUCAAAAUUUUCCAUAUGACGACUGACUGGAACAAAUCAGUAAAUUUUUUUUUUUUCGGGCAUACAAGUUAUAAAAUUUAAAAAAGAAUCAUUUUUUUUAACAAAUUUUUCCAGGUAUUCAUAUAAAAAUACUGAAAAAACAUUUUUUUUCAGGCUCAAUAUUCAUGGAAGAAUUUUAAAUAAUUAAAUUUCCAUUAAUGCUAGUUUUUCAAUGACUAUACUUAAAAAGGUUCAAAAAUUUCCAGACAUUUGGGAUGAAACUUCAUUCAAAUAAUAUCUAAAAAUCAAAAAUUAAAAAAAAAAAUAUAUUUAGGCAUUUAAAUAUUUUCCACCUAUGACUAAGGUUGUCUGAGCUACCAAAAUACCCAAUUUUUGUCGCCUCUGUAUAAUAAAACUUCCAUUACUCUCUAUUACUUCCUUUACAUAAGACUUACUCGUAGUACAGUGCCUUUCGCAUACAAUAAUUCCUGAUUAUUGUAUCUUCCUUUUGUAACAAAAGUUUAUUAGCUGUACGUAAAUAAAAAAAAAGAAAACUUUGUUAUUUAGUUUUAUAUACUAAUAUUAGACUUGUGUCAAAUUUAUAAAGUGUGUUGAAACAAAAAAAAACAAAGAGAUUAAAACUAUAUAUAAUUAAUGUCCGCUUAAUAUGCCUGGUAUUUUUUUUAGGUGUGCACUCAUUUAACUUCACAUUUCCUCUUUUUUUUUGUUAAUUUAUUCGUAGCAGUGUAUAUUUGUUUAAAUAAUAAUAAAAAAACAUUUUAGAA